CCGCACAGUACAAAGUACAAACUUGCUAUGUAGGUGUUUUGUGACUGUAUUUGUUGCAACAUAAUCCUGCAUUCUACCAGGAAAUAAGACUGUUGUAAACUCAGUGAACAUCCUGACAAGAUUGCAGACGUAUGGACAUCUUUUCCAACAGAACUAUGUGCUUAGAUCAAAAUGGCGUGUUCUAAACCAGCACAAGUUUCAGCUCUAGAGAAAAUCAGAAAAGAUUAUCUGGAGUGCAGUAUUUGUCAAGAGGAGUACACGGAACCCAAACUACUAGACUGUCUUCACAGCUUCUGUAAACACUGUUUACUUGAAUAUCACACUACCAACUACGAAGAUGCAAAGAUGCUUAUUUGUCCUUUGUGUCGAAAGGAGACACAACUUCCUGAGACGGGUGUUGAAGAUUUCAAGAGUAACUUCAUUUUAACUGGUCUUGCAGGUCAACUGGAGCAGGUCAGUUCACUUGAACACAGCAAGUUGGUCUGUAAUUUAUGUGAGGAAAAAAACAACGCAACACAUUUCUGUUAUGACUGCCCCAUGUUUAUUUGUGCAAACUGCUACAAAAUGCAUAAGAAAAUUCCCUCGUUGUUAAGCCAUACAGUAGCUACUUUGAAAGAUGUUAGAGAUGGGAAAACUGCAAUGAAAAAGACAAAACCCAAACGCCAUCCAGAAUGCCAAACUCAUGAAGGUGAAGUGAUGUGGUUCUACUGUACAACUUGUGAUGUGAUGAUUUGUAGAGAUUGCACUGUCAUCGAUCACUGUAAACCACAACAUGAGUAUAUUGACUGCAACCAAGCCUCAUCCACAUACAAACAGUCAUUGGCUCAACUCUUUACUCCCCUUGAAGAAACCAUGAAGAAGCUUGAUCAAUCUCAAGCAACUGCCUCAACAAUGAAAGACAACCUAAACAUUGCAGUUAAGAGAACCAUUGCAGACGUGAAGAACAGAGCUGAUGAGAUCAGGGCUGAGGUAACAGCUCAAGAGAGUCGCAUCAUGGAUGAAAUACAAACUAUCCUUAAAGAUCAGAACAAGAGUUUGGAGGAGUUUGAGCAAGCAGUGAGUGUAAACUUGCAGCAAAUAAAGCAUUCACUGCAGACUGCCAAAGAUGUCAGCAAGAAUUCAUCAGUUCCUGACUUCCUUGCAAGCUAUCCAACAAUCAGUACGGACUUGAAGGGACUCAUAGAUCAAAAUCAACCCAAGAUAGAUUCGACCCUCGACCAUCUGAGAUUCAAUCCAGGAGUUUGUGACAUCUCCCUGGGUAAUCUGAUUAUUAAGGAGCCUAUGAAGGAGCCUAUGAAGGAGCCAGAGUGGGAGCUUUGUUUGGAGUAUGGUGAAGGAAUCAAUGGGGCUUUGGAUAUUGAUGCCUCUGUAUCUGGGGAUGAGAUGGCAGUGGCUGACACUUGGAAUAGCAGAGUGUUAUUCUCCGACACUAAGGGACACCAGAAGAAAUCUAUCCCACUAUCAACCCGCCCUCAGGCUGUUGCUGCAUUCCAGAAUCAGUUAGUGAUUGUACAUAGGUCCAACCCUGUGAACAUGUACAAUAGGAAUGGCAACAACAUGUUUGAAUUCCACACCGCUCAUAGUGAAGUGGGCAAGACAUUAGUAGUCCUCCGCAGUGUAGCAAUCAUAAAGGAUACAAUCAUGGUCGGGGAUGUGAAGAGGUCAGUUAUAACUAAACACAGAUCUAGUGAUGGUUCGCUCAUUGACACUGUUUCAGUUCAGACUAAACCUUGCUACUUGGCCAUUGACAGCAAGGACAGAGUUGUAGUCAGUGGUUGGGGGAAACAAGUAGACAUUGUUGAAGUCACUGGUACUUUAUUAUUCAGCAUCAAUCCCAAGAUCAAUAGUCAACAAGUUACAUCCUGCAGAGGUGUAUGCUGUGACAGCUCAGCUAUCUACAUUGCAGUGAGCAAUGGGGCAGGCACUGGUCAUAUUCAUCAGUAUGACACUCAGGGUAGAUUUCUCAGCUGUAUUGCUCAGGGUCUGUACAACCCAAAUGGAAUCUCAUUGACAUCAGAUGGUCAGCAGCUUGCAGUGGCAGACUGGAAAUCAGUGAAGAUUUAUAACAAGGUGUAAUGAUAUCUUAUAAUGAUGAUGCUGGUCAAAUACUGUCUCAUGGAUUGAACUGACCACCAAAACAUGUCAAUCAAAUUAAAUCACAAAAUUAUGCAAACUGAAAAGUUCAAAUAACCACUCAAUUUCCAUUCUCAAUAUGAUGACAUUGAGUUGAUUAAUUCUGUCCAUAAUACCUGGUGGCAAAUCUUUACAUUGUUGACUCAUUUUGCAUUUUGCAGUCAAAUAAUGUUUCGAGGAAAAGUACAAGCUUGUCUAUUUUAAGUGGUUUUGUAAAAACAUUCUAUCGGACAGAAAAUAGUAUUUGAAAGAAAUAGUAGCAGCAAAUAGUAUUUGCAAGAAAUAGUAGCAGCAAAUAGUAUUUGCAAGAAAUAGUAGCAGUAAAUAGUAUUUGCAAGAAAUAGUAGCAGCAAAUAGUAUUUGCAAGAAAUAGUAGCAGCAAAUAAUAUUUGCAAGAAAUAGUAGCAGUAAAUAGUUUUUGCAAGAAAUAGUAGCAGCAAAUAGUAUUUGCAAGAAAUAGUAGCAGCAAAUAGUAUUUGCAAGAAAUAGUAGCAGUAAAUAGUAUGUGCAAGAAAUAGUAGCAUGCAAAGGGUUGAUUAUUACAUUAUGGGGUUGUUCAUUAAGUAGUGCAACCUUUUCCUUUUGAUAAGAGACGCAUUCUAUGAAGUUUAACAUUGCAUGCAACGAGUUGCUUUGAAAAUCAUUACUCAUUAAAAUGUUAUAAAACUAACUAUUGUAUAAUUUGCAAAAAUUUGCUUUCUAAGUUAGAUAACCUUUAUUAUUUAGAAAAAUUGUAUCAAUGUAUGAAAAUGCUUUAAAGGCAGUGGACACUAUUGGUA